AGUGAUGACGGUACGGGUUAGUGCUGCAGACGACACGGCGACGCAUUAUUGGACAUGGUCCCGGUGUGAUGGAUACUGAUCUCUAAGAACUAUUUACCAGUGACACAACGAUUUGCAACGACAACCUAUAACUAACUCGUAAAUGGUGCUUGUAAUUAUUCAAGUGUAAACAGUUUGAUCUUGUAAGAUGCCGGGCAAAGUUAAAGUUCGUGUAGUGGCAGGUAGGAAUUUACCUGUGAUGGACCGCUCCUCAGACACUACUGACGCUUAUGUGGAAGUGAAACUUGGUACUAUCACCUACAAAACUGAGGUAUAUAGAAAAAGCCUUAACCCACAGUGGAAUUCAGAGUGGUUUAGAUUUGAGGUAGAUGAUCAAGAACUCCAGGAUGAACCAUUACAGAUUCGUCUUAUGGAUCAUGACACAUAUUCAGCCAAUGAUGCCAUUGGCAAAGUUUAUAUAGACCUAAACCCUCUUUUGCUGCCUCCACCUACUCCCCCACAUUCUCAGCGACCACAUGAUCCGUCACAGCCAGGAACGGCUGUCAUGUCUGGAUGGUUGCCUGUCUAUGACACUAUGCAUGGUAUUCGUGGUGAGGUGAACAUUCUUGUUAAAGUUGAUCUUUUCUCGGACUUUAACAAGUUUCGCCAGUCAUCAUGUGGCGUGCAGUUCUUCUUUACUCCAGAGAUUCCUGCUGGAUACAGAUGUCAGAAUAUUGUUGGAUUUGUUGAAGAGUUGGUGGUGAAUGAUGAUCCAGAGUAUCAGUGGAUAGACAAGAUUCGCACUCCUCGUGCUAGUAACGAAGCACGUCAGACCCUUUUUUCUAAACUCUCGGGGGAACUCCAACGUCGAAUUGGACUGAAGGUUCUGGAACUUGGUGGAAAUGCUGUUAUUGGUUAUCGUCAGUAUUUUGAUUUAGAGGGUGAGACAGGCAUAGUAGUUCGUGGCUUGGGGUCGGCAGUAACAUUAGUUCGACUUCAUUAUGAGUCCAGCACAACAGGAGGAACCACGCAUUCACCAUCACCCCUGCGAGAGAUAACAGCUCAAAGAGAUGUGGAAGAUGAGUUAGUGCUCGAAAAUAUGUAUGUUCUUGCUCCUAACUCUGACAGGCCCAUGCCCAUCUCUGUAGUCCACAUACCCAAGAAACUCUCCUCAGACUCGGCUCCUCCCUCUUGCUUAUGGUCUCUCACCUCCCCACAGUAUGGGAGUUCAAGCCCAAGUUUUUCAUCACAUGUUCCCUCAUGUCAUCCACCCCAGUGGCUUGACCUGAUGAUAAACCCAGUUGCAGAACAGAGUAAGCCUCUUCCAGGACAGCUGGCUCUAACCAGUGCAAAACGAAUGAUACGUGGAUUGCCACUAGUAAGACGGAAACGCAGUGCCACAAUUACUCAGCACCCUCCCGUUUACCUUCAACGUAAUUCAUCUCUUCCUCAUGGGUCAAUGCAUCAGCCUUAUCACAGUUUAGGCCAUUCCAAGCCUCACAAAUUAAGAGGUCCAUGGUCAGUACAAGGUUCACACUGUGGACACCAAAGUACUUCCCAUGGCAGGUCAAGUUUACCCUCUGGUAAUCAGGACAGCAUAGAGUCACUUAGAGCAGGGUUACGCAAGACAGCUCAGCGAAUGAUGAGAUUUAAAGGGGGACUUGAAAAAUCACAGAGUUUUGAUGUUAGCAAUAGACACUAUUGCAAGACACCACAUGCUGGUAAAGGACCCAGUCUGAAGACCAGCUCUAAAGUUCAUAGUCCCAUGGGACGACUGCUUGGUAGAGGUUACCAGAAAAUCAAGCCUUCAAUAGGCAGUAGGGAGACCCAUGGUUCUGUUACCUCUCCAGAAGAGUCUAUUGAGGAUUGGGAUCUUGAUUCACCAGACAUUGUAGAAGUCAUAGGACUGGAAGAUGAUGAUACCAUACAGUAUUCUGAUGAUGAGGAAAUAGAGCAUGAGGUGACAAGUAUAGAAUAUUCCUACAAGACAAUUUCCACAGCUUUUUCAGAUCCAACUUUGAACAAGAGUAUUUAUGCCAAACGUCAGUUGAAUCGACCCCUUGAUUCCUCGGUCCCAAUUCAAUAUAUCUCAUCUGACGAGGACACUUGUAGCUCAGAGCCCAUAUCCUCAGACUUCAGUAGUCCAGAACAUGAGAUCAAGGUUCCUUCAAGUGGGCAGAAAUUUUUUAUAAGUGAAGAGGAAAUUACAUCACAGAGUUCUCUUGAAAGUCAUUUCACAGGUCCUGUGGAUGUGAAUGACCUACAACAAAUCUCAGAACACUCUGCUAGUGAUAGUCUCCUUGCUUGUACCGAGCUUGUGGAGGACAAUCUUGGGACAUGUGAAGCCACAGCUUCACAACCUCGCAUCAAGAGUUAUUCCUUUGGAGGAAGUGAAAGACAAAAAUUAUUGUUGAAAUCUGGUGAAAGGUAUGGAGACUUGCACUUAAUUACAGAUUCUUCUAAUACUGCAUUGCUAACAUUUGAAGAGCAGAAAGGAAAAGACAAUUUACAAACCACAGGUGUAGUAAACUCGGAAAUACUUAGUAGAUAUGAUACGAAUGUAUCACAUGAAGAUGAAAAAGAGCAGAAUAUUUCACAGGUAGAAUUAAAGAGUUUGUCACCUGAAACCCUUAGAAAUAUUGAUUACGCAAAGAGACAAAUGAAUUUGGAUAUACAUUUACCAUAUAAGCCAGCCAUUGGUGAAUUGCAGGUUACCUCAGCCCCUCCAGCAAUUGCAGUUAUACCUUCUACUCCGGUCUUACCAACAAAAUCUCGGAAUUCAGCCAUGCAAACCCACACAGGUGCUGAUCUUUGUCAUAUGCAUGAAUUUUCAUGUUUAUCUGAGACUAACACUGAUUUUUCUUCUAAUAAUGACACUGAACAUAGUAAUGGCAGAGAUAAUACAUUAUCAACUGUGUCAUCAUCCUCAAUUGGUUUUAAUGCACUGUCUGUAUUUAAUUCAAAUAUCUGUAAUUCAACCUUUUCCUCAUCUUAUUUGUCUUUACCGUGUCAUUCCACAUCAGAUGCAGCGCUCCCUCUCAUCCCCUCAUCUUUUACUUCCCCAAAUUUAACAUCCCUUUCACAUUCUUCUACUUCUUCCAAUUUAUUAUCCUAUGUUUCUUCUUCCGUUCCUGAGUUUCCAUGUGUAACUAGCAGUCUAAGCAUGAGUAGUGACUUGCUUCAGUGUGCUUUAGAUGUAGCAGCUAAAUGUCCCUCCCAUCCUGUGUACAUCUCUAGCCUAGACAUGCUAGUGGAGGCCCGGCCUGGCUCAGCAUCGAUGGUAGGCUCUCCCAAGCGCUCGUCUCGUAGUCGCCAUACUAGUGGCUGUAACCUCAUGUCCAGGAGCCCGUUACCCACUGAUGCUGAUGGUUCCAAGAGUGAGAGUGGUGUAGGAGGAUGUGCAACAGUGAGUGGAACCACAGCUUCAACAAAUGGGGGAGCAACCACGCACUCUCCAACUCAUUCAGGCAAACUGGCUAGUCCUGCCCCUACUCCAGGAGUCUCCAUAAAUCGAAGGUCAUCAGAAUCGGAUCUCUCCAUUACUCCCAAAGGGGGCAGUCUGGCAGGGAGUGGCGGCUCAUCUGGUGGUGGUAUUGUAGGGAAAGGCGGAACACUUACAGGAGUUCACCGCCCCAUCAUGACUCAGGAAUCAUUUGACAUGCUUGAAUAUCCUUUCCUUACAAUGAAAACUUUCCCAAUUGGGUUUAUUCUACAUCUUGGUGGAACUGUUAGUGCCCGGUCGGUAAAGCUCUUGGACCGCCCCCACACCCCAGAAGAGGUGGAAACCCGUGAUAAUUGGUGGACACAACUCAGGAUGGAGAUUCGUUCUCACGCUCGUGCCCUGGCUUGCAACGUUGUACUUGGAUAUGAGGAAUUCACCACUAUUAGUGAUGAGGUGUGUGUGCUGAAUGCAACUGGCACAGCAGCAGUAAUCAGCCUACAUUACCUGGAUACUGAUACUAGUGGAGGUAUGCCAGGAAUUUCCAGGUCCCUGCGAGACCCCAUGACACUCUCACUUGACCGUAAGGACUUUGAGCAGCAACAAGGUCAACAAAAUCAACAGUCAGGGAAAUCAUCUUGCAAGGAUGGACACACAGGCUCACAAGCCUGCAUGAGUCGCAGUCACCCUUGUAUUGAAGAUGGAUUUUCUGGUGAAGGUGGUAGUGCUCCCUCUCAACCUCCUCCACCCACAUCAUCAAGUGCUGCUCCAAACAACCCAGUGCCAGUGUCUUCUCCUCUCUGUGCCAUGUGCCAUGUACCAUAUUCUGAAACGUCACUGCCAUUUCGUGUCAAGAUUUCAAAGUGUGCAGUUUGCAGAAAAGGGAAGGUUCCUGAUGUAAUCUUCACCACAUUGGAGCCACCUGUAGGGAUAUCUAUUACAGGAAAAGGAUGUUUAAUCCAAGCAAGAGUAGCUCGUUCCAAGCGAGAUCUAAAGGGAGAACUUAAUGCUAAAGAGAUAUCUGAUUCUCUUCCAUUCUUGGAGUACGAGUUACACAAGCAGCUCAUCAAUAAAUUGAAGAUCAAGGGAAUGAAUGCACUCUUUGGACUGCGAGUACGGGUAACUGUUGGAGAGCGUCUCAUUGUGGGUGUAGCCACAGCAACAGCUGUAUUCCUCUCUGCUCUUCAACCACCACCUGUCCCAAGAGUGACUUCUGCUAGCAGUGGCCGGGAAGAUGAAAGACAUAGAGCUGAAGUUCAGAAACUCCUCCUCACUACAAUUGCUCGGAACAAGGAAUUCUACGGCACUAAACACAUGAUCUCGGAUGUACUGGUGGAUGAGAUGAAUGGUGCUCGAGGGUCAGACACUGAAGAUUCAGAAGAUGAUCUUCCGGAGAUUGAUUUAUCAUCAGGCAACAAAGAUACUUCAGUUUUAGAGUUGGAUGAUAUGGAGGAUGCAGAGAUGAUAGGGCUUCUUGUUGAGGACUGUCCACCAGCUCAGUUGGCAGCAGUAACCACGCAAGUGCCUCCAGGUGUAUCGAAGGACAGCAUAGUGACCAACCUCCAAAUGUUCACACGAGUGUGGAGAACUAAGGUGCCAGCAACACUCAAUCAUAAUUUCUUCAACCAGUACUUUGAUAAACUACUCCAGAGUGUGUACUUCAAAGUGCGCAAACUGGCGCCAUGUAUUAUAGCAGGAUUACAGGUGAAUGUAGAGUUACCAGAAGAGGACGAGUUGCAAAUUAGUCUCUUUGGAAUGGUUCUGGGGCAAGGCUUCCCUGCACCUUCUCAGUCUCAGGCUGUCACCUCUAGUACCAUGAGUCAAGUUGGUCAGUCUGAUAUCCCACUUAAGAAGGCUAAACAAGAUGAUGGUGAAAUGAUAUUUAAAAUGGAAGAGUUAAUUCCAUCAGGAGAAGAUAAUACAAAACCAAGGUUAUCUCAACAGCAAGAAAAUCAACAACCACCACAUCCUCCACACCCAAUAGUUUCCAAACAGUCCGCCUUGUCAAUAACUCCAGUACCAUCAGUGCCAUCUAUACCUUCAACAGCAUCAAUCAGUUCAUCUGCCUCCUCUGCUAGAUCAUCCACAAGGUCCAGGAAUGAUCCAAAAUACUUAAACUACCAUUUUUCCCCAAGAGAGAGGUAUGGUGUGGAAAUCACCCCACUCUCCUACAUCCCCGGUGCCCGUAUAGACUGCCAUUUGGGAAACUUAAAUUUCUUCUUUAUUAGGGAAUCUACCAGUAUUAAAGAGAGCGGUGGCCUGAGUGGCUUUAUGGGGAGUUUUGUGACGGAAGUUCUGGCUCUUGUGCGUGCUCACGUUGCAGCUUUGGGAGGCAAUGCUAUGAUUGCAUACUUUAUGUCAGAAUGUGUUCUCCUACAUAAUCCUUAUAAGAAUCAGGGUCAAUGUUUGAUUAAUGUGGGAGGUGACGUAGUACAGGUACAGUACACUGCAGGGUCUUCACUACAUGAUGGCUCUGCUGAGGAGUAACAGUUCAACAAACUUCACUUGGUACAAAUAUAUCUUUUAUGGUAGAUAGAGAAAUGAUCUUUUCUUUUUACACUUACUGGCAAUUUGAUAAAUCUCAUAAAGUUAUCCAAGAAUGGAAUAUUUUGUGUUAUGCAAUGUUAGGAGAACAAAACUUUCCUGCUUUUGGUUUGGAUGAAGAAGUGUUUAAUAAUAAACUUGACGUGAAUUGUAAUACAGUCAACCCUCACUUUACGCGAUUAAUACAACCCACAGGGUACCGCGGAAAGUGAGAAACGCGUAAAGUGAACAACAUAACAUAUGGGAUUAAUUGAAAUA